UAAGCCAGCGCGCAAGCCAAUCUAAUUCAGAAGCUAGGUUUUUUGCAACAUAUGGUGAAGCUAACGUUGGUUGGAAGGGUAGGUGAUGGGCUGCCUUUAGCACAAGGACCAAGGUAUGAUAAUGGAGAAAAUGAGAGAUUCCCAUUUUACAAGCAACAGGGAGAGUUCAUUCUCAAAGAAAUCUCAAGGGGAUCUUUGCCAUUCCCCAAGAUGACCAUUCUUUUUGAUCACCAUUGCUUCAAGUAUCCUUUUUCUUCGCUGUUUUCAUCGAUAUCAUUGCUCAAAUUCAUUAUAAUUUCACAUUAAUUUAAAUUCCAAAAAAAUUUACAAAUUGUAUUAAGAAAAGCAGUCCAUGCUGAUUGAUCUAGUUGAUAAUAAUUAACCAUCAUAUAUACAUAUAUAUAUAUAUAUAUAUAUAUAAGCAAGAAAUGAAGGGUUGUUUUUUUUUUUUUCUGUUGAUUUUUGCUAAUGUUUUUGACAUUACUAAGCUACUUGGUCGAGAAUGGAAUCGCUUUCAUUACCUUGUGUGAUUCUUCAUAUCCAAGAAAAUUAGCCUUCCAUUACCUACAAGAUUUGCGAAAGGAGUUUGACAAGUUUGAUUCUAGUUUGAUAGCGAAAAUCACAAGACCUUAUAGCUUUGUCAAAUUCGAUAGCAUAAUUGGGAAUAUAAGAAAGCAAUACAUUGACACAAGAACACAGGCCAAUCUAUCAAAGCUGAAUGCUAAUAGGCAACAAGAUUUGGAUAUUCCUACUCAAAACUUGGCAGAAAUUUUAGCGAGGAGGAGGAAUUCAGAGAUGUCUGAAAGAUCAUCAAUGAGUACUAAUCAACGUGCCACCUCAUCAAUAUGGGGCUCCCCACUCCUUGAGGUGAUUGCAUUGAAAUGGACGCCCAUUUCGAUCAUACUUGUGGUUGCCAUCGUCUCAUUAUGGGCUACUAUAAUAAUCACAGAUAGCUUUGUAAUUUGACCCAAAUCUAAAAGAUCCGUUUAAGUUGGGCUUCAUAUCCAGAUCCAGAAUAUUAUAACCAGAUGUUGGAAAACAUAAUUUCUCUUUGCACUUAUGCACCAUGGCAAGAAUACAUUCGUAACGCCGUAUUUCUACGACAUAAAGAUGUGACAAAUAUAUAUAUAUAUAUAAAGUGGGGUUUUGAUAUGUUGCAGUAUAUAAAUUUAUAUACAAU